AUGGCUGAUUGCAUCAAACCCUAUCACGGAUUUCGACAAGAACUGGUGAUCCAGGACGGUAUCAUCCUACGAAACGAUCGUGUAGUUGUCCCAACGGCUUACCGGAAGAAAGUGUCCGAGUUGUUACACUACAACCACCAAGGAGAGCAGGCGAUUCUGCGAAAGGCUCGCGGAAUAGUCUUUUGGCCGAACAUGAACGAUCAUCUACGGAACUUCGUGAAGACCUGCGAAAUCUGUAACCGGUUCAAGGGGUACCAGCAGAGUGAACCGAUGCAAACCUGUCAAACAGCAACGUUCCCGUUCGAGAUCAUGUCUUUGGACAUCGGAGAGGUAUCCUGUGGCGACAAAAAGUUGUUGAUACUUGUAACGGUAGACCACUUCUCCAACUUUUUCGAGGUCAACAUUCUCAAUAGCCAGGCAACCCACAAUUUGGUCGAAUGUACAAAGCAGAUAUUCAGCAGAUUUGGCAUCCCACGUAAAGCAAUUACGGACUCAGCGAAGCAAUUCGUCAGCGUUGAAUGGCAAACGUUCAUGAAGAAAUACGGAAUCGCUCAUUCAACUAGCGCACCCUAUCACCAUGCUGCGAACGGAAAGGCUGAGUCGGCUAUCAAAAUAGCCAAAAAUAUCAUCAAGAAGGCGCUACACGACGGCAAAGACUAUUGGUUGGCGAUUUUGGAGUGGCGAAACAUACCUCAAGCAGAUGGUUAUUCGCCUGCCCAGAAAGUAAUGGGACGAAACAUCCGAGGGCUAUGGCCUGUUCCCCUCGACCAAUUGAAGGUGCAAGGUGUAGACUCGACCAAAAUCAGUGAUCAAAUAGAGAUGAGAAAAAUCAAAUCCAAGUUCUAUCACGACCGCAAGUCUCAGCCACUACCGGCUCUGGUGAGAGGACAGGAUGUGUACGUCCAGUUGAGGCCUGAAGCAACUCAUCAGUGGACCAGAGGGCGAGUAGCUGAAGUUUUGAGUGACCGGGACUACAGCAUCAAAGUUAAUGGGAGCAACUAUCGUCGUAACCGUGUACACAUCAGAGAGGGAACAGGAAUGGUAUUGCCAGAACGAGAAGCUGAAGAUGCUGAUGACCGUUACCUCAGUUUCGAAGAUCCGCUGGCAGUGACCAGUACGCCGAACACCAAUCAAUCAAUCAAAGCGGAGCCCCUGGCAGAAUCCGGAAGCACAUCCAGAAGCAGCUGUACCAAUCAAACAAGCAGGGGAGCUUACUCAACAUCAACAUCUGAGACAACGCAAGCCGAUGAUCGUCCUCAACGUCAAGUUCGUAGACCGCUGAAGUUUAAGGAUUUUGUUCUUGAUUAA